AUGCUGCAAAUGUGGAUUCGCCUACUCACGCUGAUGGCCGUGGCAGCGUUGUUCAUUGUCCAGCAGGUUGCAUAUCCUCUCGUGACGGUCUGGGUGGCUCUGGGGGAAUACCUCCACUGCGCCUCGUACGUCUUGCUCCUCGACCUCGUCAUCACCAACCGCGGGCUCAAAGGCCUGAGUGUGAAGACGCAAAUUUGUUUCCUCUUCGUCCACUGGUUUCGCUACUGUGACUCGUUCUUCACCGCGCACUCCAACCACUGGAUAUUUGCCUUGAAACUGUUUUACAUGGUGGUCUCUGUGCUGCUCGUGGCCUCGCUCAUCUGCCUGCGGAACACCUGGGAAAGGCGCAAAGACACUUGUUCCCUCCUCGUUCUCUUUUUCAUCUCCCUUAUCCUCGGCGUGGUCAACUUCUUCGUCGACGACAUGAGGCCGGCUUCCUCGUCGGACAGGAUUCUCCACUUCUUCUGGAUCGUGUCGCACUAUCUUCAGGGUUUUGCCAUGCUGCCGCAGUUCGUCUUCUGCUACCGUGACCCCGACAACAAGGACAGUCUCUUGACGGCUUACGUCCUGGUGCUCGGCUCCUACCGCCUGGCCUAUGCAGUGAACUGGAUCGAGCGCGCCUACAAGGAGAAUUUUUUCUACAUUUCCGGCCCUCUCGGCCUGAGCAUUCUGAUACUGUUCCUAGGCGACUUUGUCGUCUUCAAAUUGAAGAACAAGAGCUUCAUCUCGUCGUUCGUCCUUCGUAUCGACGACACCAUCGACGCGUCGCAGCAGCCGCUUCUCCAGGCUGUUUAUGGGAGCAACUACGAGAGACUCUCUUUAGCGGAGGCUGCGCAGCAACUCGGAUCGGCCCGCAUUCCUCCGAUUGAAAUCGAUCUGCAGCACGUCCACGUCGUUGGUCGGCCGACGGCAGAUAUCAGCUCGGUGUCGACGUCGACAAACUCCCCGGCGACGGGGGCCGCGAAUCCGGCAAAGAGCGCGGCGUCGCAGAGCGCUGGCGAUACACUCCGCGGCGCGGAAGCGGUGGCUGCGCGAGAGGCGACUGGAGGCGCCAUCAGCCCGACAGCGCUGUACAAGUUGGACGACGAGAGCGACUUGGAAGAGGACGAAAAAAUCAUGUUUGGGAUUGAGCGGUGGCCGGAGCGAGAGGGCGACCGCACGAGUCGCCGAGGCGAAGGCGACGGCGGACAGGAGGCGCGCGUGGAGUCGGUGAUGACGUGA